GUCAAAAUGGCUUCCAGACAGAUUUCGACAGCGCGGGCGUCCUUCAUGUCAGCCAUCCUGUCAUUCUGCUGGCGAAAGUCCGCUCAGCAGGUGUACGCCCCUUCCCACCCACAUGCUUCACUGGCCACGAUUGGAUUAGCACCUUACUCGCUUAUUCAAGGAAGACACAAAAAAAGCGCGCAGUCCACACCUUGCACGUCAUACCGCAUGAAGAAAAGAAGGGACUGUUCCGAUACUCUGAAGACAACGAGCCUUUACUCGCGUUGCAUUCGUCGGCACCCACACUUCUCUAUGCGCUAGACAGAAAAGCGAGGAGGAAAACCCAGCUGUCAUUCCGCCAAUUCUUAUCUGCCCCCAUAGAACGUCACUAUUUCCUAUUCGCUAUCGGGCGCUGUGGAUAUCAGUAACUUUCAAAAUUUCGCGCCACACCCCAACGGCGAUGCCCACACGUCGCCUACAACGAUGCAUCCUUUUGCUGGUAAUACUUGCUUUUCUGUGCAGCGAGAUUGUAUUUGCAGCUGCUGUCGGACAUCGUCGGAACGACGCGGACUUUGAAGUGAAGCUGGAUGUUGAUCGACGGCAGGUUAAUGGUGUUCCGCCAACGGAUCUGGCAUCGACUAGUGAUGCAUCAUUAUCGACGAGCACAAGCACCAGCAGCAGCAGCAACAGCAGCACAGAUUCUGCAACCGAUAUAACAGCAGCAGCUACCCCAACAUCCACCACAGACACACCCACACCGACACCCUCCAACGACAUAAUACCUGCAGAGUACACACCCCCAGGCGAAGCCUACAUUACCAUCACCUCCGUCGACCCGCCCUCCGUCUACACUAGCCGCGGCCCGCAAUACAUCUCCCUCGUCGGGACGAACUAUACCUCCCUCGACGCAUCCACGUACGACAUCAAGCUCACCAACGCUUCCCUGCCCACAGGCGCCGCCCAGCUCACCGUCCUCUCCGACACCCUGGCCGUCGUGCUGGUCGACACGGACGCCGUCGAGCUAGCUGGCGCCGCGUACAAGAAUGGCGGGUUCGGACUUACUGUCAAUGGGGUUGAUGUCGUGCAUGAUAUACGUUGGGUCGACCCCGUGAAAUCGAUUGCCACGAGGGUAUUUCCGAGUAGGGUAAUAGUCGACAACGCCAACCCCGUCACUAUCGUCGGGAUCGGGUUAUUGCCCCCCGUCGGCACGCCUCUCUGCGUGUUUAACACCACCGCCGUCUCCUCCUCCCCAGCAACCUGGUCGGCGUCCGACGCAACUUACCAAUGCGUCACCCCGGAACUUGACCAAAGCGGCGUGCUGGAACUCAACCUGCUGUACUACACCCCGCAGGUCGAUUUAUCACCCUAUGGCGGGCUAAGCAACAGUUAUCUCUGGCGUCCCACCGAGUUCGUCAGUAUCGUUGUCAACCAACCUCUGUUGCUCUACUACCGCGCGGGGGCACCGCAGCUCAUAUCGGCGCAUUUCACGGGCACGGGGGCUAUCGAAGCCGAAUUCGAUCGUCCAGUAGCGGUAUACGAUACGAACAUCUUCAUGACCGACCCGCUCGCCAACGCCCUGCGGACCAUCUCGGCUGCCACAGGUCGCGAAUCUUUUGGGUGCGAUAAGAUCUGGUCUAAUCCCUCCACACGUAACGGGCGAUUGUGGUUCCGCAACGCCACGGCAGAGUGUCGCGUGCAACGCAUGGGCCCACGGACAUUCCGUAUCAACGUUGGCGCGCAGGGCGUGCUGGGAAUCGAAAACGCCGGCUUGGAACCGAUUUACAUUGGCGAUAUCCUUUCCGUGCGUCCCGGGGCAGUGUGGACUGCCGGUCAGCAACUUAGUCAGACUGCGACGGGCGGGACAAUCGUCACAGGCGUCCUCGACAAAUCCCAGAUCGUGACCCCCGACGUGCGUAUCACCGUCCCGCAGAUCGUGAGCGAGUGCGCGGACGUCACGUAUGAUUUAUCUCGGACGAUGGGGGCUCUCGGGCGGAACUUUAACAGCACUAGAUUCACUGUUGAUCCGCCAACGGCUAGUAUUCAGGUUGAGCUGGAUAAAUUCGAAACGGCGUUUCGGACGCAGAAUGUGCUGGUUUACACCGUUCCUGCCUCGGCGUUCCCCGUCGGGCCGGUCACGGUGUCGUUUUAUAUGCAGAAUUUCCUUGGUGGGAGUGGGUCCGCUUCGUUCGUGACCGAGAAAUUGCCGAGGAGUGAUGUACCCUACGUCACGAUUGUCGGACCGGGUAACGAUGCACCGCUAGAUCAGCUCCACACCGUGAAAGCGGAAGCACACGCAACAUGCGGCCAACAGCGUCCCGUCUCCUUCGCGUGGUCCUCCCCCGACGUCCCGGUCGACGGCGUCGUCACAACCGUCGUGCUGCCACAAUACACCAUGUCCGUACAACGCCUCUACUCAUUUGUGGUACAAGCGCAAUAUUCCGACGUGCCAGAUUCCACCCCCUGGUUCCUCAACUACACCUUCACCUCCGAGCUCGACCGCAUCACCCCCGCCACCAUCACCGAGCUGACCGCAGGAACGACCAGCAACAUCGAACACAUCCCUCCACCUCCGUUGUUACUCUCCACAUCCAUCUUCGACAGCGGGUACCCCCUCGCAUCCACAAACCUCACGGACUUCACCUGCAUCUGGGAAUGCAAGCGGUUGGAUAACUCUCAGGGAAAAGGCGACACCGGCUGCUUCAAGCAGGAAACGGGGCAGGACCUCGCUGUACCCGCUGUCUGCCACGGGGCUAACAUCACCGGGUUUUUGGCACCUGGGCGGUAUGAGUUUGAUUUCUUAGCGGUCAGGAUUUCGACGGGGGCCGAGAAUGAGUAUGCGGGGAAAUUGGCGUUGAAUGCCGUGGAUGCGGGGGGAAGCACCGUUGCCCCAAUGUUGAGUAUAAGUCCGUCGUCGCCGCAUCCGUCGGCUUGGGACACGUACACGCUCACCGCCGCCGUGGAUCCGCUGUCCAUUUCCGCCCUCUCAGCGGUAACCUACACCUGGUUCUCCAACGAAACCUGCUACAACGAAACCUUCUCAACCGUCACAUUCACAUCCAACCCGCUUGUUCAAACAGCGCAGGACGGGAACGCGGUGACUUUCUCGCCACAGAGCUUCAUUCCUGCUGGCCGCUACUGCUUCACCGUCCUCGCCACCGACGCCGCCAACCCAUCCCUCCCCGGAGUUGCAACCCUCCUCACCACCGUCCUUGAGCCCCCCGCCGCCGGCUACUGCGCCUUGAACGCCACCUCGGGAAUCGCAUACACCGACGUGUUCCGGUACGCCUGCGCCGGGUGGGUGACAGAUCAGCUCGCUAAACCAGUGUACUACGAUUUCUGGAUCCGCCGCAAGGGGAUGGAGACCGUGUGGAGGAAUCUGGGGCCGAGGAGCGAGUCGAGUGUGCUGGAUACGGUAUUGUCCGAGGGAACGUAUGAGUUGACGGUGCAUGUGAGCGACGUGGCGGGGUCGGUGGGGGAUGUGCAGACAAUAUAUAGUGUGGUGGUGGCGCCCAAUACGACUGCUGGGGGAGCAACCGCGCCUGCGCUUGGCAAGCGUCGCGCCCGAGCGGAUGUCGGUGUGGGUAUCAAUGUACACAUCAACCGCCGCUAUGAUGCAAACGCAGAGCCCACCCCGUCCGACUACACCUUCCUCGAUACCUCUAUCACCUCCUUCCGGCACACCUCCGACUACCGCACCGCGCAAACCAACCUCAUUGUCGCCAUCCAGCAGCUCACCCCCGUGGCGCUCAACACGCCCUACCACACCAAACUCCUGCAACUCUACACCCUCCUGCUCUCCUCGCGCGACAUCUACAUGGACGCGACCUCGGGUGGACCGUAUAUGGCGCAGGCGUUGCAGGCUAUCACGUUUGGGAGCUGGAAUCUGACGAGUGGGAUUGUGGAGGGGGUGUUUGGGGCGUUGGAGGGUGUUGUGGCGCAGAUUGAUGCGACCACGAGGGUCGCGGGCGGGUGUGUGGAUGCGAAUGCGGCGGGGUUGUUGGUGAAGGUUGUGGAUUCGGUGGUGGGGUCGGUUAAGACUGGGGCUGCGAGCGGGGCGGCGGUGACAGAUGACCGUGUCCGGGCCGUACUGGAUGUUCUUGAAGGGUGUGUCAUCCGAAACCUCCGCGGCGUGUGUGGGCAGACGGUCAAGUUUGCGGAACCGUAUGUCGCGAAAACGGUCGGGAGUGUAAGCACUUCAGGUGGAGGGGAUCUCUCCUUCUGUUCCGCGGCGUUUACGGUGCCCGCAUCGGCGGUGACGGGGUCGUGUGUACGGUAUGCGUGCGGGACGGCGGGGUCGGUUGCUGCUCCGAUUUCCAUCACAGCCGGCGCGCUUGUACCAGGCAAUCAAUCGCUCAGCCUAACUCUCUACGACACCUCCAGCUCAGCAUCAGUGCUCAGCGUUCAACUCCCCAACCCCGACAUCUCCCUCAUGCUCCCCGUCCCCACCGACCUCUUCGCCCAACAACGCGCACAGCCGACCGCCGGGUUCGUCUGUGCAUGGUGGCGCGCCGCCAGCAGCGACGGGAGUGCUGCCGCGGGGUGGGCGACGGACGGAUGUGCGGUGGCCUCCGUAGACGAAGUGAGCGGGACGGCGGUGUGUAAGUGUGCGCAUUUAACGGAUUUUACGGUCGCGUUGAGUCCUCAAGGGGGAUUUGGGGCAGUUGCGGGUGCGCCGCCUGCCCCGCCUGCUCCUGCAUCGACGGCGGCGGUUGUGCCUGAUACGACAUCGGUUUCUGUUGAUGUGGAGCCGUCUACGUCGUCGACCGCGGAGGUAGUCACAACGUCUUCAUCUACCGCAACAUCCUCCGCGGAACGCGAUGCAACAUCCACCACAGAACCCGACACAACUUCCACCGCGGAAGCUGAUGCAACAUCCACCGCGGAACCGGACACAACAUCCACGUCAACCCCAUCGCCGUCCCUCCCCCCCAGCGAAGAAGCUGUGCCCGGUUUCAGCACCACAUCCCUCAUAGACGACUCCACCACCACCAGCGCCUCUCCCACUCCCACGCCAACCUCCCCUGAAUCCGCCGAUGCCGCCCCCAUCGCCAACGGCGGCAGCAACCCCAUCGACCCCUCCGCACCCGAUUACGUCUCCGCGACCAGCACCCCGGGCCUCUCCCCCUCCCUCAUCGACACGUCCCCCGCCCCCACCACAUCCACCUCCUCCGCCGCCAAGAUUGCCGGUGGCGUCAUCGGCGGCCUGCUUGGUCUCGCCCUUGUUCUCCUCCUACUAUUCUGUCUCCGCCGGUACCGCCAUAACGAGUGGUAUGAGAAAUCCGUCCCGCCGCCCAAUCGGGAGAGUCUGUGGCACGGGUUGGCGCCGCCGCCGAGACAUCGCGCGCCGAGUCCGGUGCAUUAUAGGGGCGCGGAUAUGCGGACUUAUGGGUUUGGUGGUGGGGCUGGGGUUGGGCAUCCGGUGCCGGGGAUUAGCGUGCCCGAGUAUCUAAGGCCGCCGAGGUGGGAGCAGCCGGUUGCGGGGAAUGUGUUUUCGAGUAGGGAUCGGUUGUAUGCGUGAGAGGUGUUGAUUAUGUGCGGGUUGAGAGGUUUUGGGUUUUGCGUCAAGCUCUUUUCUGUCUACAACGGAUGGACUGUUUGGACGUUUGGACGGGGACGCACGGCCGGAUAUGCUUUGUAUGAGAUUAGCCUUUGUUUCCACCAUAUCUUCUUUUUAUGCGCCUUGCAUUUCUUUUUGGUCUUCUGUCUCCCUUAUACUUCGAAUACAAUGCCAAUGCGAUUAGUAAAAG